AGAGAAAGAGUGGACGACAGAAAGAAAGAGAGAGAGGGAGAAGGAGGACGGUGCCUGCGCCUCAGCAUCUCCGCUGUGCCUUUUGAUUCCUGCACGCUCACGGAUCUAAAAAGUCUUUCCAAUGCCCUGUUUUAAUUUUUUGUGAGCAGCUGAUUGAUCUUCCUUAUCUGAGGUUUGCCUGAUUAAGACUUUUCUAAGAGGCAUUUUUUUUCUUUUUUGGAGGAAAGACAGACAGAGAGAGAGAGAGACGCCAUUCCUGGAAAAAGUUGUGAUUUUUUUUCUUUCUUAUUUUUUCCUCCCCCUCUAGAAAAAACUCAAGUCUUUCCAUUUCUUGAGAAGUUUUUUAAAAAGUAAAGCCCUUCUUAUUUCCAGGGCUCGGCUCACUUUUUCCACGUGCUCCACGGUGCCCCAGCUUUUGACAUAUACGUGUCCACUUCUCUUUUAUUCUGCUGGUUUCAUUAUUUAUUAUCCGUCUUUUUUGACCUAUAAUUUGAGAUUAAAAUGAAAUUUCAAACAGCAGGACAGCCCCCCGUCUUGUGUGAUUCCUGUCACCAGCGCUUAAAUCAUUAAGCCAAACAAAGUUGUAAUGAUUUCAAGUCUUUUUGGUGGUUUGAAUACGCAAGCUGAAGCCGAUACGAGGUGAAACAAGGGGAGCUUGGCAUCGCAGCUCACCUGUAGCAUCUCUUCCUCUCAGCCAACUCACUUCCAUUUGCACUUUUUACGCACAAAAACGCCACUUUGUGACUAUUUCAACCUAGAGAAAUCUACUAUCUGAGGGGGGCAAUCGCACUCCAGACAGUCCAUUCAUUCUGUGAACUGAAAACACAACCACCUCUUGUCACUUCCACGGCGCCUUGGAGUGCGUAAAAAGAGCGCUGCGCUUUUACGCAAUAAAAAUAACUACAAAUCCAAGCUUUGAGUCAUCCCGGGAUCCAGAAACACCACAUAACAUCACAGCAACAACUUUUAACGAGACUUGAACGCCGCUUUCGCCGAGCCAGAGAGUCGCCCAGAGCCCCACAGAGACGCCGGGCUCUCCAUCACCAUGCUGUUCGACAGUUUCGACCUCGUCUCGGCUCUGGCCACCCUGGCCGCCUGCCUGGUGUCCAUGGCGCUGCUCCUCGCUGUCUCCCAGCAGCUGUGGCAGCUGAGAUGGACGGCCACCCGGGAUAAAAACUGCAAGCUGCCCAUGCCCAAGGGAUCCAUGGGCUUCCCCAUCAUCGGCGAGACCUGCCACUGGCUCUUCCAGGGCUCGGGCUUCCACGCGUCGCGGAGGCAGAAGUACGGCAACGUGUUCAAGACCCACCUGCUGGGCCGCCCGCUCAUCCGGGUGACGGGCGCCGAGAACGUGCGCAAGGUGCUGAUGGGCGAGCACACGCUGGUGACGGUGGACUGGCCCCAGAGCACCGCCACCCUGCUGGGCCCCAACUCGCUGGCCAACAGCAUCGGGGACAUCCACCGCAAGAGGAGGAAGGUGUUUGCUAAGGUGUUCAGCCACGAGGCCUUGGAGUCCUACCUGCCCAAGAUCCAGCAGGUCAUCCAGGAGAGCCUCCGGGUGUGGAGCUCCAACCCCGAACCCAUCAACGUCUACAGGGAGAGCCAGCGGCUGUCCUUCACCAUGGCCGUCAGGGUGCUGCUGGGCUUCAGGGUGUCCGAGGAGGAGAUGAGGCAUCUGUUCUCCACCUUCCAGGACUUUGUCGACAAUGUCUUCACCCUGCCUAUAGACCUGCCGUUCAGCGGCUACCGGAAGGGAAUCCGUGCACGGGACACGCUGCAGAAAGGCAUCGAGAAGGCCAUCAGGGAGAAGCCGUUGUGUUCGCAGGGGAAGGAUUACAGUGACGCGCUGGACGUCCUGAUGGAGAGCGCCAAAGAGAACGGCACCGAGCUCACCAUGCAGGAACUGAAGGAAUCCACCAUUGAGUUGAUCUUCGCUGCCUUCGCCACCACGGCCAGCGCCAGCACCUCCCUCAUCAUGCAGCUCCUCCGCCACCCCCCUGUCCUGGAGCGGCUGAGGGAGGAGCUGCGGGCCAGGGGCCUCCUCCACAACGGCUGCCUCUGCCCCGAGGGAGAGCUGAGGCUGGACACCAUCGUCAGCCUCAAGUACCUGGACUGUGUCAUCAAGGAGGUGCUGAGGCUCUUCACGCCCGUGUCUGGAGGCUACCGCACCGCCAUGCAGACCUUUGAACUGGACGGCGUCCAGAUCCCUAAAGGUUGGAGCGUGAUGUACAGCAUCCGGGACACACACGACACCUCGGCUGUCUUCAAGGACGUAGACGCUUUCGACCCUGACCGCUUCAGCCAGGAGAGGGGCGAAGACAAGGAGGGACGCUUCCACUACCUGCCGUUCGGCGGUGGCGUCCGGUCCUGCCUGGGCAAGCAGCUCGCCACCCUCUUCCUCCGCAUCCUGGCCAUUGAGCUGGCCAGCACCAGCCGCUUCGAGCUGGCCACCCGGCAGUUCCCCCGCGUGGUGAUGGUACCCGUGGUCCACCCGGUUGACGGGCUGAAGGUCAAGUUCUACGGCCUGGACUCCAACCAGAAUGAGAUCAUGGCCAAGUCAGAAGAGCUGCUGGGAGCGACGGUUUGAAGAGUGGAGAGACGAUCGAAGAAGGGGUGGUGAGGGAUCGAUCGAGGGAAGGAUGAGAGAGAAGAUUGAAGGAAAGAGAGAAGGAUUGGCAGAGAAAGAUUUUCCUCUCCCCCCACUUCGUUCUCGCAAGUUGGAGGUUCCUUUUGAGACUGAAAGAAAAGCAGAAGUCUUCGUCUCUUGUUCCAAUUGAUGAUGAUCAGGACUUUCCUCAGAGAAAGAAAGAAGCUGCCAAAAAAGUUUCUAAUUAUGCUCUAUUGUGCGUAUUUUUUUAAAGAAAUAUACAAACAAAAUGUAUGUUUAAAAAAAGCUAUGUAAUAUAAUUUGAAAUAGAAUGUGGGUAAUGCACAAUGGGAGAAAGAAGUAUGGAGAUACUUUUGGUGAAAUGAAGUGAUGAAAAGUAAAAGAUUAACAUGAUAGUGGAAGGAAGGAGAGAUGGAUGAAACAGGGUAUAGGAUGAAAAAGUAUGUGCUUAAUCAAAAUCAAUGGACCAUUUCAAUUGUCUACCAGGGUAAAUGAGAUUAUAUAGAUUGGGUUAUAUUAGUAAACUAGACGGAAAAUUAUGUAUAUUUUCGGGUCUGAAUUGGUUAA